GAACCAACUGGCUUGAACGAAUGGUGAAGGAGUUGGCAGAUGCCAAAUAUACAGAAGAGGAAAUGAAAGAGAGAAUAAAUGCUGAAAAAAAGCUAGAGACAUUUCCGCGCCUAGAAUUUGGAGAUCCUGGGGUAUAUGAGAGGAUGAAGAAACUGCCUUCCAGAAGAAUUAUAGUAACCCAUCUGACACCUCAUCUCCUGCCUCCAUCCAUUUUCCAAAGCAAGGCUAAGAUCCUUGUGCUAGUUCGGAACCCCAAAGACACGGCUGUCUCCUAUUACCAUUUCUGCAACAGCAUGCCAGUGCUGCCGUCCUUCGCUUCCUGGGAUGGCUACUUUGCAGACUUCAUGAAUGGGAAAUUGACCUGGGGAUCCUACUUUGACCACCUUUUGGAAUGGAACAAAUACAUCGACAAUGAGAGGGUCAUGACAAUAAGCUACGAGGAACUCAAAGAGGACCAGGUACUGGGGAUGAAAAAGAUUGCUGCCUUCUUUGGAUUCUCCCUGUGUGAGGAAGAUUUUUCCAGAAUUGCCAAAAAGACCAGCUUCAAAGCUAUGAAAGAAAAAUCCAGUGAAACCCAUGGCAAGUUUGGGGAUAUCCUCUUCCGGAAGGGGGUUGUUGGGAACUGGAAAGAACUCUUCACUAAAGCUCAGAAUGAAGAAAUGUACCGAAAAUUUGAAGAUUCCCUGGGAGGAACAAAGAUGGCAGCAAAGAUAAAAUAUGAUGUGUACUGCAAGGCCUGA